AUGAUUAGCGCACUUGGACGCGACCUGAUCAUACUUACAACCAUCUUCACCCUCCUAUCUCUGGUAUCCUUUGCUUUGCGCAUCUACACACUCCUUGUUGUGAGGCCAAGGAAGUUCCGCGUCGAUGACUACAUAAUCACAUUCUGCAUAGUAUGCAUGAUCGGUGUUGUCGGCGCGGUUUGCGCAGGCAUCCAUCAUGGGAUCGGAUACCACACUGACCAGCUGGAAUGGUCCGACAUUGCGUCUUUGAUCAAGAUGCAAACUUCGACUCUGUUCACCUGGACCCUGGCGACCUGCUCCUGUAAGCUUGCCAUCUUGUUCAUGUACCUCGAGAUCUUCCGCACCGACCGACUGUUCAGAAUCGCCGUCUGGAUCUUGAUAGCCCUCACACUUUGCUACCCGCCCGUCUUUAUCCCUUACUUCAUGACUCAAUGCUCUCCCCCCUCUGCGGCAUGGGAUCAAGUCCUGUCGCAGACCAACUGCAGGCCCUUGAAGCAGCAGGAGCUCGCUUCUGUAGCAGUUCACCUGGGACUGGAUACUGCAAUUGUCGCUGCUCCUCUUCCCGUCAUCUGGGGAUUGGAAAUGUCUUGGGAUAAGAAGAUCCGAGUCAGCGGCGUCUUUAGUCUUGGAGUUGGGGUCAUCGCAAUCAUGAUCUGGCGUCUGAUAUACACGGCGAGACCGGACCACGGCAGCGACAUGGCAUACGAGUUAUUCACUGUCUCUGUGCAGGGCCAGAUGGAGAUUUGGCUGGGGAUUCUUGCCGCCAACAUCCCUACGCUCGGUCCUCUGGCCAGCCGCACAGUGAAGACACUCUCAACUAUGUAUGCCAGCGCUUCAUCGAGCCGGAAACAAGGGCAGAGCGAACUGGAGCCUCCACGCGGAGUUGCUUUGAGGACAUUUGGAAGCUCCGGAAACCCAGAUAGGUUGACUCGAGAUAACUUUUACCGCCUGGAGGAUGACAGCCCUGAACAUGAGUCUCAAGAGGGAAUCGUAAUGAGUCGGGAAACGCGCGUUUCGUCGGAGCCUGCCCGCAAUCUUUCUACGCCAGAAGGCUAUAGCGCCCAUGUACAGACUGUUUAA